GCUGUCAGCACUGGCUGAGUGCAGCUCAGACUAGAGUUGUGUAGUAAUGGAGAAACUGUCUGAGUACCACGGCGCUAUUAGCAAACUGCGAGCGGAGCAGCUCUUGGCUGCGGCAGGACGUGAUGGGUGCUUCCUCAUCCGCGACAGCGAGACCAUGCCUGGGACAUACUGCAUCUGUGUCCUGUGUGACCAGUACGUGUACACCUACAGGCUGUUCCAGGUAGAAGGCCAGUUAUGGAAAGCACAGACGGCGUGCGGGGUGAAGGAACGACUCUUUCGGAAUGUCAGAAACCUCAUCGUGGCAUUCAGGAAACCAAACCAAGGCAUGGUCGUACCUCUGCUUUAUCCUGUGACCUCCGACCUUCGGCAGGAACCGUCACCAGCACCCAAAACCUAGAUAAUAUUUAUCAUGUGAAUCAACUUAUUUUAUGAUGAUUGCAAAAGUGUUCGAUGGUGAGAAGUGUGCACCUACCUACAUGAUUUACAAAGGCUGUAUAAAGAUAAGAUUCUUGUCCGUAAACAAUAAAUGUGCUUCUAUUUGUGGAAUAUUUAAAUGACCAGU